AGAGGGACUGGUUACACAUGGUGUUUCGAAGCGCCCAAUAUUGCAGCAUCGCUGUGAAAAUUUGGCCGGAACUCCUACGACGAACGCAUUUCGCCGAGAAAUGAGGAUCAUUUCUCUCAUAAAAUCAUGCAAACACAAAUCACAUCUGCUCCAGCUCCACUCCCUUCUUCUCCGCUCCUCCCAUUUCUACAAUCCCACCGUCUUCCUCGCUUUCCUCUCCCGCCUCGCUCUGCCGCCGCUGCGCGAAUUGUCCUACUCCCGCAGAGUCUUCUCCGACUUCCCGGAGCCCAAUGUCUCCCUCUACACCACCAUGAUCAGGGCUCAUUCCUUCAGCCGCGAUUCAGCGCGCAGAGGUUUCCAAUUCUACCACGAGUUACUUCGUUCGGGCAAUUCAUCAAACGCCUUGUCAGCAACCGCCGCCGUGAAGUGCUGCACGAAUACGGAGUCCCUGAGCGGCGGAAUGCAGGUCCACGCGAGGAUUUGGAAAGACGGGUGCUUGUCUGAUUCGCUUUUGUCGACGACAUUGAUGGAUUUCUAUUCCUGUUUGGAGAAAGGUGGUGACGCCUGCAACGUGUUCGAUGAAAUGCUUGACCGAGACGUUGUCGCUUGGAACGUGCUGAUCUCUUGCUACACCCGCAACGGGCGAACCCGUGAUGCUCUGGCGUUGUUUGAUCAGAUGAGAAGCUCGAGCGCGUGUAGGCCCGAUGAUGUCACUUGCUUGCUGGUGCUUCAAGCUUGUGGGAGCUUGAAUUCAUUGGAAUGGGGUGAAAAAGUUCAUAGCUAUAUCCUAGAACACGGCCUCAUCGAUGCAAGAAGCGUCUGCAACUCGCUUAUAGCAAUGUACUCGCGUUGUGGAUGCGUUGAGAAGGCGUAUGAUGUGUUCAAGCAGAUGGUUCGUAAUAGAGAUGUUGUUUCGUGGACUGCAAUGAUCUCCGGUCUAGCAAGCAAUGGCUAUGGCAGAGACGCCAUCGAGGCAUUCAAACAGAUGCAGGAGGAGGGAAUUCAACCGGGUGAUCAGACGUUCACCAGCCUUCUAUCAGCCUGCAGCCACUCGGGGCUAGUAGACGAAGGCCGGAUGUUUUUCCAAGCCAUGAGGCGCGAUUUUGGGGUGACGCCCAAUGUCCACCACUACGGGUGUAUGGUUGAUCUCCUAGGCCGCGCAGGGCUACUGCACGAGGCCUAUGGCCUCAUACGUUCAAUGAGGAUCAAGCCGGAUGCAAAAAUGUGGAGGACGCUGCUCGGAGCCUGCAGGAUCCAUGGCGAUGCUGCUCUUGGUGAGCAACUAGUUGAGCAUCUCGUUGAGCUCAAGGCUCAAGAGGCAGGGGAUUAUAUUCUCCUUCUCAACAUAUAUUCUUCGUCUGGGAACUCAGACAAGGUGAUGGAAGUGAGGAAAGCUAUGAAGGAGAAAGGGAUUCAGACGACGCCUGCUUCUAGCACGAUUGAGUUGAAAGGGGAGGUGCACGUGUUCUUUGCAGACGACUUUUCACAUCCGAGGGAGAAGGAGAUCUAUGAGAUGCUUGCGGAGAUCAAUCAGCAGCUGAGGAUUGGUGGCUAUGUAGCUGAGAUAGCCUCGGAGAUGGGAUCCAGAAGCGAGCCCUAUGUCUUGUCCUACCACAGCGAGAAGUUGGCGAUUGCGUUUGGUAUUCUUUCCACGCCGCCUGGCACUGCGUUGAGGGUUGCGAAAGACCUCAGGAUAUGUGUGGAUUGCCAUAGUUUCUGCAAGCUCGUCUCUGCGGUCUACAACCGAAGAGUGGUGGUUAGGGAUCGCGCCCGGUUUCAUCAUUUUCAAGAUGGGGUUUGCUCUUGCAACGACUAUUGGUGAUCAAAUUCUUGAAAUUUUGGUGAGUUCAUUGAUGAGGUCACUAAGUUAAGCGUGCUUGGGCGGAGAGAAGGCCGCACUGACUUGAGCUGUCCCGACGAGGCUGGCCGAUUUCUUGUCUGGAUGAUGAAGUGAACUGAAGAUGGUUUGCUUGAGUUGGAUUGCCUAAAUGAGAGACGUGUUCUACUCUUUUUUUGGGUUCUUUAUAUUGGUGGUUCUGUCUCCAGAUUUGUUUUCAAAGAACAUUAUAAAAGACGAAAAAUGGAAUCAUGAUGAUGGAUAUGUUCAAUAAAAUCAUGUCAAUAUGUGUUUGUGUUAAA